AUGGCUCUCUUUGCUACAAAACCCCUCUUCUUUUGGCUGCUCGCCACCACAGCCAUCGUGCAUGUAGAAGGUGCUCCUUGGACAGUGCUAUGGUCUGAUCGAACCUAUGGCCCAGAUGGCCCGUGGCACGCCGUGUCAGUCGAGUUGGGCUCCAACAAACAAUCUGUUGAUUUGUAUCCUGGCGACCGUUGGGCUAGUACUAUCCUCAUCGACACAGUCUGCUUAGACAACUCCACAAUAACGUGUUACGCGGAACGAGCCGGUCUAUUCAACAUUAGCGCAUCAACAUCUGCCGUCACCUUGAACACGCCGAUCAACACAAGUCAAAUGACAUGGCUGUCCGAUCAAAGCAGUGCUGGCGUAAAUAAAUGGGGUGGCACUGGGCAUGUCAAAGAAGGAAUUCUCGCUGACACGCUCAGGUUGCAGAAUGGACCAACAGUGCCGAACGUCUCUAUCGCAUCUAUCUACGAUGCCUACGAAACAUAUCCGAAUGGGAAGUCAUAUCCUGUUUCCGUGGGGAUUCUGUCGCUAGGUGGUACUAAGUCUACCCACACAGUGGAUGGGAACACGUUCAAUAUGCUGAGUGCUUGGGAAUACUUCAACAAUACUUCGUCUGAUCGCAUCCCCUCAUAUUCGUGGGGAAUGCAUAUUGGGUCAGUUGAACCCGACCUUCCAGGUUCGCUGAUGCUUGGCGGUUAUGACCAAAACCGAGUAGUGGGCCAAGUAAGCUCGCAACAGGUUGCUACUACAAACCACCUCGGCAAUCUCAACAUUUAUCUGGAAGACAUUGGGAUCGGAGUUGCAAUUGGGGACUCGCCAUUUAACUUCAACAAUAAAUCUAACUUGCUCCUAUGGGGAGGCAGCAACACCGGCAGGGGCAAAACUGUGGAGAUUGAUCCCACACUUCCAUACCUCUAUCUCCCGAAGGAGACGUGUGAUGCAAUUGCAGCAGAGCUCCCAGUCACAUUCAACGAGGGUCUGGGUCUAUAUUUCUGGGACACGGGAAACAGCAGCUACCAGAAGAUAACUUCCUCACCAGCAUAUAUGUCCUUCAAAUUCGAGAAGGACGCAGUGAACACCCAGAGUAUCACCAUCAAAGUUCCUUUCCAACUCUUGAAGCUCACACUUCAAGAGCCACUAGUGGAACAAAACACCACUUACUUCCCAUGCUAUCCCUCUGACUCCUUCGUCCUCGGCAGAGCCUUCCUUCAAGCAGUCUUCAUUGGCACAAACUGGCAAGACGGCACUGGGGGCGGCUACUGGUUUUUGGCUCAAGCACCUGGGCCAGCGAUCGGAUCUAGUGUUCAGCAGAGCAUUGGGAUCAAUGACACCUCAAUCAAGGCUUCAACAAAUUCGUGGGAAGAAAGCUGGAGCGAGUUCUGGGUACCUCUUUCAUCGGAGAGCUCCAGCUCAGGACUUUCACCGGGUGGAAAGGCUGGCAUUGGCGUUGGAUGUGCUAUUGGCGGCCUGGUAUUGAUAGGAAUAUUUGCUUGGCUAAUAAUUUUUCGUCGAAAGCAAAAGGCAAAUUCUCACCCAGAAACCAAAAAUCAAUAUAGCAUUGCGCCGUCGUCUGCAGCCGGGACGAAGUCGCUUCAACUGACUGAGCUGAAUUGUUAUCAUCCAAGCGAGCUGCAGUCAGACAAGGAUAUUCACGAGGCGCCGGGGCUCACUACUAUGCGUCACGAACUUCUUUGA